AUGUCGUCUUCUUCGGUCUAUUACAAGUUCAAGUCGCAAAGGGAGCCCUCGAGGGUCACCUUCGAUGGCACGUCCAUCUCCGUCUGGGAUCUGAAGAGGGAGAUCAUCCUGCAGAACAAGAUGGGAAAAGGAACAGACUUUGACUUGGGGAUCUACAAUCCGGAUACGAACGAAGAGUACCGAGAUGACAGCUUCUCCAUCUCUCGAUCCUCAACAGUAAUCGUUCGACGACUUCCGCCCUCAAAGCCAGGGCGGGGAAAUGCUCAAAAUUACAUUGCUGACCUGCAAGGCGACGCUGGCGAGUCAUCCUCCCGUGCCGGUGUACGAGGCGGGAGAGAUGAGCGGCAACAAGGACCCUCUUAUCGAGGACCCAUGAGCAUCCGCUUCGACGACAGAGGCAAGGACAGAGAGCCUUCUUCCAGCGCGACCCCUGCCCCUCAGCUCUCUAUGCCCAGCAGUCUGGCGAACGGGGACCAGGGCGAGGCUGAGAGUAUCGCAGCGAUGUUUCAGGCUACAACCGACCAAUGGGAUGCGACUCAAGAGAAGAUGUCUCACGCUACUUUUCGGUCUCGUGGCGGCGGGCCUUCCAGAGGAGGUGGACCACCGCGGACCUAUACGCCACGAGACUCAGCCCCUCACCAGGCAGCUCCAGAUCGUCCGCCUCCUCCGACAUACGUGUGCUACCGUUGCCACAUGAAGGGCCACUGGAUCUAUGACUGCCCUACCAACCAGGAUCCGGACUGGGACAACAAGCCUAGGCUGAAGAGAACGACCGGUAUUCCGAAGAGUAUGCUUAAGACUGUGGAGGCUCCUACAGACGAACAGAGGCAGGCGGGAGUGAUGAUUACUGCUGAUGGAACGUAUGUUGUGGCUCAAGUGGACAGCGCUACUUGGGAGAACACUCGCAACCAGAUCAAGCCCCUCUCUCGCUCAGACGUCUUCCAAUCCGUUCCUUCAGACUCAACGCUAGCCUGUCCCCUCUGUUCAAAGCUCCUUCGAUCUGCGGUACAAACGCCCUGCUGCUCUACCCGCUACUGUGAAGAAUGUAUCCAGAAUCAUCUCCUCGAGCACGACUUUUCAUGUCCCGAGUGCGAGAAGCGCAUUGGGGAUCUGACUACUUUGAAGAAGGACGAUGAGACUCGCAAGAAAGUGGAGAGUUACGUCGAAGAGGCGGUAGGGAAGAGUGAGGAGGAGGUCAAGGAGAGAGAGGAAAGCGAGGCAAAGGCCAAGGCUGAGAAGGAAGAGAGCGAAAGGAAGAUCAAGGAGGAAGAGGAAGAGGCGGCUACUACCACUGCUAACGGCCAGCCCACCGGAGAAGAGUCCGUUCAGAGCAAGGAAGGCGAAGCAGCUCAAGCCGGCGCCGUCUCUACGAAUGGUAACCCUCCAUCGACCAACCCGAACAUGCCCUCGAACGUACCUGUGGUGAUGUUCAAUCCUCAAUUGGUACAGCAGCUGGUGAUGACCCUAUCGAACCCGCGACUACCGCCACCAAUGAGGAUGAUGCUGCAGACGCAGCUGCAGGCCCAGCAGAUGGCUUUUAUACGGAUGCAGUCCAAUGGUGGAGCAGGAGGAGCUGCAGGUGGGGCAGGUGCCGGUAUGAAUGGCGGCAUGGGAGGUAUGCCCGGUGCAGGGGCAGGGGCAGGAUGGCAAGCUCAGCAAGGCUUCCGACCAGUGAACAUGCAGCAACAGCAGAUGAAUCCCAUGAUGGGGAUGAAUGGUAUGAGCGGAAUGGGUAACAUGCGUAUGGGCAUGAACAACCCGGCAGCUGCGAUGGGCAUGGGUAUGAAUAUGGGCAUGAUGAAUCGCCCUGGUAUGCCGCCUGGAGCGGGGGUGGCAGCCAAUGGAGGCGGAGGUCCGAUGGAUGGCGGAGCAUACAAUCGCGCUAGGAAGUGA